AAAACGUUUGUGACAGGGACUACAGGUCCGGACCAUCUACGCAGAGCAAGAGAGACAACACACAAUCCUAAAGAUGGGAGACUCGAUCCAGUUAAAAGAUGAGGGAAACAAACACUUCCAGUCAGGUGAUGCUGACAAAGCUAUUGAGUGCUACAGUAAAGCCAUAAAGGCCUGCAAGGACAAAAAAGAGCUUGCUGUCAUUUACAGGAACAGAUCUGCAUGCUACCUAAAAAAGGAAAACUUUGCCAAUGCAGCAUCUGAUGCAUCCAAAGCAAUUGAUGUUGAUGCAGCAGAUAUUAAAGCCUUGUACCGACGUUGCCAAGCUCUUGAGAAACUAGGAAAACUGGAUAUGGCUUUCAAAGAUGUGCAGAGAUGUGCCACCCUUGAACCAAAGAAUAAUACCUUCGUGGAGACACUCCGCAGGCUGGGAGCAGACAUCCAGGCCAAGCUUAAGUCUACAUUCUCCACAGAUUCGAGGGUACAGAACAUGUUUGACAUUCUCCUUGAUGACGAAAUGGAAAAGGACAAGAGGGAAAAAGCUGCCAACAACCUGAUUGUGCUGUCAAGAGAAGAUGCCGGAGCAGAGAGAAUAUUCCAGAAUAACGGAGUGCCUCUGCUGCUCAACAUGAUAGAGACAGGCAAACCAGAGAUGAUACUGGCUGCUGUUCGCACUUUGUCGGGAAUAUGCACAGGACACAAAGCUCGGACCAUGGCCAUUAUUCACAUGGUGGGCGUUGAUAAGAUGUGCAGCAUCAUGGCUGUUGACAAUGAGGAGAUUGCACUGGCAACAUGCAACCUCUUCCAGUGCAUCAACGACUCCCUCACUGGUGGAGAUAAAAGGGAAUACGGGAAAGAAGAGGCCUUGGUUUUAGAUACAUCUAAAGACCUGAAAACCAUUCUCCUCUCUCUGUUGGAGAUGGUUGCAAGUAAGAAGGUGUCUGGCCAUGGCAGAGACCAGGCACUGAACCUUCUGAGCAAGAAUGUACCACGCACUGACAUGAAAAACAAAGACAACUCCAAGAGCCUCUUCACUAUUGACCAUGGUCUGAAGAAGAUCCUCAAAGUGUGUGGUCAGGUUCCCGAACUGCCAGACCAGCUUCCCAUGACAGACAACACACAGCUGAUUGCCAGUGUGCUACUCAACAAGAUCUAUGACGACCUCACAUGUGACCCAGAGAGAGACAACUUCAAGGACAUUUGUAAUGAAUAUAUCAAAUGCAAAAUUGACCCCAACGACAUGGACAAGACCAUUCAUGCUAUCAACACCAUCUCAGGGCUGCUUCAGGGUCCCUUUGAUGUUGGUAACACCCUGGUUGGACAGCAAGGCAUAAUGGAGAUGAUGGUAGCACUGUGUGCCUCCGAACGUGAAGUGGACCAGAUGGUUGCUGUAGAGGCGCUGAUCCAUUCCUCCUCUAAGAUGAGCCGCGCCUCAUUUAUCAUCACCAACGGUGUUUCACUCCUAAAGGACAUCUACAAGAAGACCACUAAUGAGAAGAUUAAAAUACGUUCGUUGGUGGGUCUCUGUAAACUGGGUUCAGCUGGAGGUGAUGAUUAUGGUUUAAGGCAGUUUGCUGAGGGCUCCACAGAGAAGCUGGCCAAGCAGUGCAGAAAGUGGCUCUGUAAUCCCAAGAUUGAUACAAAAACAAGGAAGUGGGCUAUUGAGGGUCUAGCUUAUCUGACUAAUGAUGCCGACGUGAAAGAUGACUUUGUUGAGGACGAGACUGCCCUGAAAGCCAUGUUUGAACUGGCCAAGUCUAAAGAUAAGACAAUCAUAUAUGCAGUGGCUUGCACCUUGGUUAACUGCACCAACUGCUAUGAAAAGAAGGAAAUCCUGCCUGAGCUGGUUCAACUAGCCAAAUUUUCAAAGCAACAUGUGCCCGAGCAACAUCCCAAGGACAAGAAGGACUUUAUUGAGAAGAGAGUGAAAAGGCUGCUGAAGGCUGGAAUCAUUUCAGCUCUUGUUGUCAUGGUCAAAGCAGACAGCUCCAUCCUGACCAACCAGACCAAAGAGUUGCUGUCGAGAGUUUUCUUGGCAUUGUCAAUGGAUGCCAAAGAUCGUGGUACUAUUGUAGCCCAAGGUGGGGGAAAGGCUUUAAUACCACUUGCACUGGAGGGGACAGAGGCUGGGAAAACGAAGGCCAGCCACGCCCUUGCCAAGAUUGCAUCUAUUUCCAGCCCAGAAAUCGCCUUCCCUGGUGAGAGGGUGUACGAGGUGGUGCGACCUUUAGUUAGCCUCCUUCAAACAGACAAAGAUGGAGUUCAGAACUAUGAAGCUCUGAGAGGCCUCACUAACUUGGCUGGUUACAGUGACAAACUAAGAGUAAAGAUUGUGAAAGAGAAAGCUCUGCCAGAGAUUGAGAACUACAUGUUUGAAGAGAAUGACCAGAUCCGACAGGCUGCCACUGAAUGCAUGUGCAACCUUGUCACAUGUAAAGAGGUCCAAGAUCGUUAUCUGGAGGAUGGCAACGAUAAACUGAAGCUGAUAGUACUGCUGUGUGGCGAGGAAGAAGACAACCUUCAGGUUGCUGCAGCUGGAGCUCUUGCCAUGCUGACUGCUGCUCAGAAGAAGCUCUGCCACAAACUGUCCCUGGUGACCACCCAAUGGCUUGAGAUCCUGCAGAGGUUGUGUAUCCAUACCAACCCUUCUAUACAACAUCGUGGCCUCGUGAUUGUCUACAACAUGCUCAACUCAGACGACAGUGAGCUGGCCAAGAAGUUGAUGGAGAGUGAGCUGCUGGAAAUCCUCUCAGUGAUUGGCAAGGCGGAGGACAAUCCCAAGAGGCAGGAUGCCAUCGAUGUUGCACGCGAAUGCCUGGUCAAAGCUAUGGAUCUUAGUCUCAUCAAACCAUUCACCAGCCCUCCUUAAAAUGCUGGCAACAAGACAAACGACAACCAUGGACAAUCUUCUUUAUUUCCUUUAAAUACAAUACUUUUUUUCUAAAUGUUUUUCUCACAUCAAAGAUAUGAAAGGAUGGGGCUCCCUGGCUCACCUGGUAGAGCACGUGCCCAUGUAGGCUGAGUCCUAUUGCAUGGGUUCACAUUUGACAUGUGGCCUUUUGCUGCAUGUCGUCCCCUCUCUCUCCCCCUUCUAUCUUCAGCUGCCCUGUAACAAAGACACAAAUAUGAUAUAAAAAAAUAAACAAUAUGAAAGGAUUCUCCAACCUGCUCCAAUACACUAAAGAUAAACUCUCACAAUAUAAAUCAGUGAUGUUUACAGUUUAUUUGGGGCUUGGGCUGUACAAUAAGCACAUGGGGGAUUUCCCAUCAGGAUGCAAAAAAA